AUGAGUAAACUAAAAUGUGUUAUAAACUACAAACAUCUUGGUGAUAAUAAUAUCCAAAAAAACAGUAUCCAAAGAAUAUCACAACGAUUUCUGCAUGUGAAUCGAUAAAACGUGCUGCUCUGCUUCAAGAUGAUACAGAACUCAUUUUGCUUGUCGCCAACGAAGACCUUAUUGCAAGAGAAUUCAAAAUGCAUGAAAAAUGUUAUAGAGAUUAUACAUGUAUUCAUAUUGAAAAUGGUUCAUCCUGUGAAAGAGAACUGCAACAGACCACGAGGAGGCUGUUACUAAAAUUUCGUAUUUGAUUCAGCAUGCUGCAAGGAACAGUGAUGACCGACCAACAACAUGUGUGGUACGAUCAAGUUCUGGUGAUAUCGACAUUCCCAUCAUUUUACUUGGAAUUCAACCAAUCAGGAAUUUGGAAAUCUACAUCAACAAUGGAUCUGGCAAGACGAGAAAGUCGCUUCACUUUAAUUCAUGUAGUCUUACAAGUUUGGAAAAGACAGCAUUGGUUGGGAAUGAUUAUGUAUCAAGUUUCUUAUGCAGAGGGAAGCCCUUGUGUUGGAAACAAGCAAGCGCAAAUCCAAUAUUUUUAGACAUUUUCAGCCAGUUGGGGACAGAGACUCAUGUGUCUGAGGAAUUGUUUGGCGUCAUUGAGAAGUACGUGUGUUUUCUUUAUGAACAAAAGAAAAUUGAGAAAGUGAACUAGUCAAGGUGAAAAAUGGAGAAAAAUGUGUCAAGAGCAUAAAGUUGUUGACAUUUCUCUGUUACCGCCAUGUAGCGAUAGUAGAGAGUUUAAGAUCUACGACACGGCCGGCUUAACAACACGGUCUGAAUUUCAGCUAAAAAAUGAACGCUAAGCAAUUUUAUUACUGUAAUAAAUAUUUGACGAUUUUCAAAUAACAUUACAAACUGCUAAGUUUGACUAAAGCGAUGCAAUGUUUGCUGUAAUUUUGACUUUAAGUAUCACCUUUUGGGUUGCAAUAAGCUUCGCGUUGCUUGAAAGACGUGAUAAUGCUUAGUUUAACAUUCUGCUGAGCAUGACAAAGCCGUUGACAAUACCCCUUGGACCACAAAUUAUUCACAGCUUUUAUCUCGCAUGACAGAGUUCUUUUUUUUGCAAGCGCGUCGUGGAGUCGGCUGCAUCGUAGAUCUUAAACUCUCUAGUAGUCUAUGAAAGCACGCUGCAAGGGCAAAUUAUGUGGCUAGAAUUUGGAGAAGGGCAUGUUACCCAGUCAUGGCAAUGGCAGACCCACACUUCCAUGGUUGGCUCCCCAGUUUAGCAACCGAUUGGAUAGAGGAAGCUUAUCCUGAGGACGUUAGUGAGCUGCUUGUUGAGCGUGACGCGGAGAGUGAAGGAGAGUGUGAAGAAGAAGACAAUGCUUACUGCUCCAGUUCGGAUGAUGAAUAA